AUGGGCAAGCUACUGUUACUCAAGAUGACAGUGUCGAUUCUACCAAAAGUGCAAAGGACAGUGGCCAACCUGCCUCCGGAGCAGAUUGACCACGCCUUCCUUCCUUACCUUCCUACAAUUCCUACCACCAUUGGAAUCAUCACCAUGACCUACCUACUCUGGAAGUAUUUUGGCCUACCUGGCAAAAGAGAACGUUACAGAAGAGCUCAUCAAGUACCUGCUGCGACACCAAGGGAACAAAUUAUUAAUCAUGUGGACGACCAAGAUGAUGGUCUACAUGCAUAUGCCUUAGUAAAAAAACGCAGACAACCAAGAUCUGUUCCAACAGGAAGAACGAAGAGGCCAAAAAAACAGGGCGUUGAUCGUCGCCGUGGUGUCGAUCGCCGCGUGAUUAUUGAUAUUCAUUUAGAAGUCUUAGACGAAUGUCAAAAAGGGGAUGUGUAUUCGACGAAGGAGGAUUAUUUUAGCAUUCUUGUUCAAGAGUUUAUGGGAUCGGAAUUAAUAAAAGAAGAAAAUGUUCCUAAGGAACAGGUUCCAAGUUCAGAUUCCGGGUUUUAG